GAUCUAACCCACAACGCAGUGGAUGACUAUAUUACCCCUUUAAGGUGUCUUUAUUGUCCACCCACCACAGAACUCAUACGCCACUCGCUUUAGCUUCACAGAUUAGUCAGAGUGAUGGCUUCCACAAUCUCGUCGUCUUUGGUUUUAUCGCUCCCUCGUGCGCGAAUUGCGCAGCCAGUCUCUUGCAAGGCGGAGGCUUCUAAACCUGCGCUACAACUUCACCCCAACCGGAGGAACUUAUUACUGUUCUCGCUAACGGCAAUGCCUGCUUUAACAGCGAGAGAAGGUGCAGGUUUGGCGGAGGACAUUCCGCUGUUCGGUUUGAGGAAGAAUCUAAGGAAGGCAGGGGAGGAAGCGGUGGAAAUUGUGAAAGUUGCAGAGAAAAAAAUAGAAGCGGCAGAAAAGGAGAUUUUGAAAGAAGCAAAAACGGCGGAGAAAGAGAUAGAAACGACGGUGGGUUUUGGAGCGUUGGCACAGGCGGGAGCUGUAGCUGCAGCAGAGGUUGUUGGAGUGGUGGUUGCUAGCGCUGUGGUUAAUGGGAUUUUGGGACCUGAACCACAAAAAUAUUGACGAUUUUCAAAAAUAUAAAUAUUUAUGUAUCUGUUGUAACUUGUAAUGGCUUAUUAAGCUGUAAGCUACUGUAAUUAUGGAAGUUUAAUCGAUCAUUAUUAUUCUCUCA